UUCUGAACGUAGUAAAUCACAGACAGCAGUAGCGGAAAAUCCAGCUCUCAUACAAUAGCCAUGCGGAGCAUCUCCCUUGUUGAAUCCCUCGCGGGGUCGCUCCGGCACGCUAAUCACAGCUCAUUGCGACCUUCAAUCAGCAUGUGUGGAAACCCGAGAUAUCGAUCUUUGAGCCGUUAUUACGGCGACCACUCUUCCAAUCGAUUCACUUCGACUCUGAAAUUGUUGAACAUGGGAGAGGGCGUCAAGACUCUACGGAUUGGGACCGAUACAUCGGCAGCUAAAGAGCUUAUCGAGGAAAAACUCCCGUACGUUUGCCAAAUCGAGGUGGACGGUGACGAAGCUUUGGAUGUCAUCACUACGUGUAUCGACCUCAAAGUCCCCGUGAUUCUGGUUGCCGGUAAAUUAACUGCUGAAGGAAACAAGAAAGUCGCAAGCGUCUUGACAGCUCAAUCCAUGUCGAGGCUUGUCGGCCCCGGUUGUCGAACGUUUGUGAUCCCGUCCGCCGGUAUCAGAUCAGCUGUGAAUGAGACCGAAGAUUACAUCCCGGGGCGACUAGGUAUUAUCGCGGUAGAAGCGGACGCGUCUACAAUCAUCAGAACGACGGCCAAGGAUGGAAUGGGACACGCUGCAAUAUUCGAACUGGCCAGUCGCGAGGGAGGGACAUAUAGCUGGGAACUCUUGCAAUGGAUGUUGAGCGAUUCGAGCAAAGCCGAAGCGAUUUGCAUCUUGGCAAAGAACGCCGAUACCGAAACUUUAGCGGUCUACAAGCGUUAUGUCCAGGCCGCACCAGAAAACGAAUACAUCAAGAAAGUCUUCGCUAUACUCGGUGACGGUGAUGAAAAACUCUGGGAAGAGGCAGGCAUCCGUGUUGCCAAUGACGAGGGUCAUCUUGUCGAGCUGAUAGGAAAAGAGCUGGAAAUCAUCGACAGAAAGAAAGCCACGGUCGAUAAAUCGGAGGUCGAGCUCACGGAUAUUCCGUCGGCCGGCAAGACCAAUUGAGGCCAUGUAUAUAUCCCCAGGUGAUCGCUUGUCCACACCCAAGUUGUAAUUACAGAUAAAUCCUAAAGUAAUUGAUGUAGUUGAACCUGCAAAACGCCUUACAACAGAGCAUGCUC